AUGAAUGAAAUUACCGAAACGAAACAAACAUUUGAAAAAGUAGACAACAGUAAUGAAAAUUCUCAAGAUUGUGGAGAAUCAUCAGAAAACUCAAAAGAUUGUUCACCUCUUCCUAAUGUUUUAAUUCAAGAAGAUGAACUCAAUGACGAUGAGAGGAAUAAGAUGAAAGGAGAUGCCAUUGGAGAUACAUUAUACUCUGAGAGAUUUGUACUGAAAACUCUGAUGGAACUUAAAGAACGCAAAGAACUUGACGAAAACUUUGAGAAAAAUCUGUGUUUACUUUGGGAUAUGACGAUUGAGAAGGCAGUUGUUAAGCUUCUUUUGGAAUACAGUGUCUUGGAGCUUUUUGCUAGCAUAAUUGAGGCUUCAGAAGAUGAGCGUCUUAUUGAGAUUUUGUUGGGAAUAAUCGGAAAUAUGUGUUGUUUGAAAGAUACUCGAGAAUAUCUGUGUGCAAGUCCUUCUGUAAUGGCAAUAAUUCUUUCUCAGUUAUCAUCAUCAGAUCCACUCAUUUUACAUCAACUAAUGAGAUUACUUUAUUCAGCAAUUCUUUUUGAAAAUUCUGGCGAUGAAGCUGUUUGGUUCACGCAUUUUCAAAUCUGUGAAGAUUUAGUUGAAAAGUUUGCUUUUAUUCUCUCAAAUUCAACAAGCAAUACAUUAAUUAUUAGUUCGUCUGAAGCACUGAAUGCCAUUUGUGCGAAAUUUGCCAUAAUUGAGAUCUCCGAGUCACCAAAAGAUUCCAGUUUUUCACAACUUUUCGUUCGGAAUAUCCUCAUCGAUGGUCUUAUUGAAUCGUUCAAGCAGCUCAUUCCUGAUUUCAAUGACACUGACUCAAUCACAGAUUUAAUCCCUACACAAAACAUACAAAAGUUUAUGAACUUGUUUCUUGAACUAAACUUAAUACUUUCGCAAUAUGAAUCAGUGUCUGUUGAAGCAUAUAAACAGAAUCUUGGGGAGUUCAAUUUGUGCCUUGCAAGAAUAUUGCUGCCACUUACUCGUAAAAUUCAUCUCUUGCCAUUGACGUCGAACCAUCAAGGAGUAAUCGAAAACGUGAACGACAUUUUUCAAGCACUUGGCGAUCCAUUUGAUGGGAAAUGCUUUUCAGCAAUGGUCAUUAUAUGGAAACUUAUCGAUGAACAUAAGAGGAAAGAGAAAAAAGAGGCGUCGGAAUGGGAUGAAGCUGAUGCUGAACAAGAUUCGAGUGUUAUUGAUAUUGACGACAUAUGCAUGACAAUUUUAGAAUUUCUUACACGAACUGGAUUCAAUGCCACUCAAGCAUCGUUUGAUGAGUCUAUGGUCAAUCACAGAGUACCAUCUGUCUUCUCUAAAACUUACGUUACACCACGUCGUCCAUACGAAAAGCCUCGUCUUGAUGCUGAAUUGAAAGUUAUUGGUCAAUUUGGAUUGAGAAAUAAGCGUGAAGUAUGGCGUGUUAAGUACACUCUCGCUAAAAUCCGUAAAGCUGCUCGUGAGUUGCUUACAUUAGAAGAGAAGGAUGAGAAACGAUUAUUCCAGGGUAAUGCCUUACUUCGUCGUCUCGUUCGUAUCGGCGUUUUGGAUGAAUCACGUAUGAAGCUCGAUUACGUGUUGGGUCUUAAGAUCGAAGAUUUCCUUGAACGUCGCUUACAAACUCAAGUUUUCAAACUUGGAUUGGCUAAAUCCUACCAUCAUGCUCGAGUUCUCAUUCGUCAACGACAUAUUCGUGUCCGCAAGCAAGUCGUGAAUAUUCCAUCGUUUGUUGUUCGAUUGGACUCUCAAAAGCACAUCGAUUUCUCAUUGAAAUCACCAUUCGGAGGCGGUCGCCCAGGACGUGUUAAGAGAAAGAACAUGAAGAAAGGACAAGGCGGUGGUGGUGGAGAUGAAGAAGAGGAAGAUUAAAUGAAUACAAAUAAGGACACAAAAAAAGAAGAAUAAAAAUCUUAUUUUGUAAGCUUCCUUUCAUGAAUUACUGCAACAUCAAAUAAAAUGUUUAAAAAAGAUGAACUUUGUUUUAUUUUCUUAAUUUUAUUGUCAAAAAGAAAUCAUUUUAGGAUGACAUCAAUGAUUUAACGAAAACAUA